AUGUAAGAAUAAAACAUAAGAUUUUCACAAUUUCAUAUAUCUCAUCCAAUUCCAGGCGAGAACGACAUUCAGAAUGUUUUCGAAUCUUUCAUUGCUGAGUAUAAGAAUUUUAGAAAUAAUGUGCCUGUUGGAUGCAUUACAGACAAAUGCUCAUCGAAGUAACAGGAGAGGAUCGACUUGAGUGUUUUCUGUGGAGCUGGAGGAUAUCUUUAUUUGUAUUUGAGGAUAUAUGAGUUUGUUUCAAGUUUAAGUCCUGAAUUGUAGUAAUAAUGUACUCAAGGAUUGACUGACUAAGAGUUGUCAGAGUUUUAUAAUCCGGAGACAUUUCUAUAAAUGGCAUUGCAAUAAUAUCAGGCUAUACAGGCUUCAAUAAAGGCUGAUGACAAUAUCUCCUUCUUCAUGAGCAACUCUGCUAUUUCUUUAUUGGGGGCUGAUAUGUUUUUUUAUAUGAAAGACAAGGAGAAUUUUAAAAGAUGUGUGACUGAAGUAUUGAAUCAAUUCGGAGAUAUUGUGGCUUAACCAAAGAAAUACGAACAAGAAUUGUUGUAUGGUGUUCCAGGAUACCUUUAUUCUUUGUUGUGGUUGCACAAGAAAUAUUCAAAUGAAAAAGAUCAAUUUUAAUUGGACUUGUCUUCUCACAUUCACACCAUUUGUUAGGUGAUACUUAAGUUUGUUGGGAAUGGUGUAAUGAAAUGCUAAUUUAGCAAUAGAUAGUAUUAUGGAGCAGCUCAUGGAAUAUUGGGUGUAUAUUUUCAUUUGAAAGAUGAAUAGGGAUUGCUUUAAAUGUUGGAAUCCAUUUAAGUCACAUUGGAUCAUCUAAUUAAAAUCUAUUAUUAAAAUGGCAACAUUCCAUCCUCAGCCUAAAAUGAGAAGAAUUUGAGAUUGUUUUAGUUCUGUCACGGAAUACCAGGAGCCUUUGCUCCAAUUUUAAAAGCUUAUUAGAUAUUCAAUAAGUAGGAUUAUUUGGAUGCAGCGAUACACAUGAGUGAGACUCUCUUCAAGUAUGGGAUGAUUAAGAAAGGCUAUGGAUUGUGUCAUGGAAUACCAGGGAACAGUUAUGGAUUUAUGCAAUUGUAUAGAUUAACUGGGAGUGAGAAGUUGAGGUAGUAUGCUUUCUAAUUUUUACAAUACAAGAAGAAUCCUCAUGUGUACAAUGAAAUAAAGAAUUUCCCAUUUAAGGACAGAUUCAAUAUUGGCAUUUCUGAUAAUCCUUUUAGUUUGAUGAUGGGAAGUAUUGGAGACAUGUGUGCAAUGAUGGAUUUCAUAAAUUAUAAGAGAAUGCCAGGAUAUGAAAUUUGA